GCUCAGGUCACCUUAGUGAGACGCUGCAGGCGUCUGCGUCUCGCUAGCCCACAGCAGUUCCGCAACAGCCUCCUCGCCGGGGUCGGGUAUCUUGAACUGGCCAAUGCUGGUGACUUUGCGGCGAAUGUCUGGAAUACGACCCCUUUGCCUCGUUUCGCAGUUGCGUUGAUGGCUAUUGGUGGGUCGGCGGCUUUACUCAUGUCGUUCGUCGCGGUCCGUGAUCUUUGGCUGAGCUGGCGGAACGUGCAGCUCUUGCGUGCCGAGCGCAGCCAUCUGCAGCAGCUUCUCCAGCAACAAACACGGCAGCGGAAGCGGCAACCGUCGCUGCAGGUAGUCGCAGAGCUUGAGACUCGAAUCGGGGUGAACACGCGCGAGCUCGGGAGCGAGAUCAUCGAUCGGAUCGCCAUGGAUAUUCUGAUGGGCUCUGGCUCGAUCCUCGUGGGUGUGGGCACUAUCAUGGCCAUCUGGGGUGCUGACCGACGGAUCUUCCUCACCAGCAACCUGCUGUCCGGGUAUAUUGGCAACGGUCUGCCUGCGCUGUUUGGCGUCGUAAACGCCGGCUGGUCGGCGUACCUGUGGCGGCGCUUUAGCCAGCAUGACCACGCAUGCUCGAAAGACCCCAGCGUAGCAGACUUCAGACCACGGUUACACUUGCGCUUUUGCCGCUUCAAAUGGCAUGCCUGUAUCAACGGGGUUAACGGAGUCGUCGCUGGUGCCGCCUCGCUUGUCACUGCGACUCACUGGCAGGGGUAUGUGGUGCUGGUCUUGUGCAUCGUAACCAGCAUUUUAUGCAAUUAUUUCUGGCGGUAUCGACUGGGCUACGACCGGCCGCUGAUCAUGACUGCCUCUCCUCUUGCAGUUUCUGCUGACGAGAACCAAUUACUCACCGAGCUCCAAGCCGUCACACAGAUUCAUCAAAUGCUUGUCCAGCAGCGGACGGUGUCACUGCCACUCAACACUACCGCCGAGCCGUGCAUGUCCUCAAUUCUACGAUUUCUAGUCGAGAACGACCUGUUCCCAGGUUUUUGCGAAUGGCUCGCAAAAAAUCCCCGAUUCCCCCAGGAGGCCAAGGCGAAAUUCUUCCCUCCAGGCGAGGACUUCAUCACCAUCGCCACUGAAGACUUUCUCAAGAUCUCCGAGGCAACAGAGCAGCUUCUUCUAGAAAGUUGCCGACAGUUUCUGAGCGAUGCAGGCAUCGAAAUAUUCACAGGGCGAGAACGAUAUUUAUUAGAGUUGGUUGGAUAUUCUAUCUGGCGGGAU